AUGGGCAUGCCAUCGCCACCUGCGGCUGGUGAGGAGGUCGAUGCAAGCAACAACGCAAAGCGCAGCACCAGUUCAUCAAGUUACAUUGCCGAGGAUGCUGAACUGCGAAUCCGCAAUCUAGAUUUCUUUGUGGAAAGCAGGGGCAUUCGGAAGGACCUUCUGAUGAAUGUCACAGCCCACGUGCGCAGCGGGGAGGUGUUGGCCAUCAUCGGCGGUUCUGGUGCCGGGAAAACGACCCUUCUGGACAGCGUAGCUCUAGAGCCCAGACCAGGGAGACGAGCCGGCCAGGUGCUGCUCAACGGACAGGAGCUGGAUGCCUCGCUCUUCCGUGCCAGCUGUGCGUAUGUGGCACAAAGCGACGCCUGCGCUCCCUCGUUGACGGUCAAAGAAACCCUCCAAUUUGCUGCCAGCCUUUAUCAAGGUCGUGCAUCACGUGCCGACCGGGCAAAGAGGGUACAGCAACUCCUGGAGGAGUGUGGUUUGGAUGCCUGUCAACAGGUGAAGGUCGGAGAUGGCAUCGUCAUCCGUGGUGUGUCCGGAGGGCAACGACGGCGAGUCAGCUUAGCAGUCGAGCUCCUGAAGAGGCCCUCAGUCCUGGUGCUGGAUGAGCCGACCUCCGGUCUUGAUUCCAAGGCCGCCGAGGCAAUUGUUGAGCUUCUCACUGGCAUUGCGGUCGCCAACAACUUAGCGGCCCUUUGUACCAUUCAUCAGCCAUCCUCCUACGUUUUCCACCAGUUCGACAAGCUUCUCGUCCUGGCCAAGGGCAGGGUGUGCUACUUCGGAAAAGCAGAUGCAGCUCUCCAGCAGUUCCAGGACAUCGGGUUUCCGAGCCCGUCCGGGGUCAACCCGGCAGAGUUCAUGAUCCGCAUCACCAACGCAGACUUUGCCGAAGACGGGCAGGUCGAGAGGAUCUGCGAUUCCUGGGAUGCCAUUUGCAAGGAGGCCAAGCCAAGCUUGUCCGGAGUCUUGACGUGCGGUCCACCGGAGGCGGCUCCAAGGGCGUCGGCACGAAAGCAGGUUGGCAAGCUCUUUCUUCGUGCAGUUCGGAGCAACAUCAGGAACCCCAUGGCCUUUGCUGGACGAGCUUUGCUGACGGCCUUGCUUGUCAGCUUCGUCUGCAUGGCGUAUCUCGGUGCCCGGAAGCGGAACCAGGAGAAUGUCUUGAACUAUCUUUGGGCGGUGAUGUGGGUGCAACAACUGCCAGCUUUCCUUUGCAUCGGCGCUGUGCCGAACUUCGCGCGCGAGCAUAGCUGCUUCCGCAAGGAGGUGAAGAAUGGCCUCUACCAUCCCCUGUCGCAUCUUCUGGCAGACAUGCUGGUCAACGUGCCCAUUUGGUUCUUGCUCGCUGCUUCAGCCAUUGCGCCCUCCAGUCUUAUCCUGGACACGCCGGUGAUUCACACGCCAGAGCUGUGGUUACUCUUGGCUGCGUACAUUGGCUUCAACGACACCUUUGCGCAGCUUUGCGGCAGCCUUGGAACGGGAAGUGCGCUGGGCAUCAUGGUUUUUCUCAUGCAAACGAUCUUGAACAUGAUCUUCGACGGCACCCUGCUGGCCCACGAGGGGGAGGUUCCGUGGAUGAUGCGUUGGCUUUUCUACGUGGUGCCUUCGAAGUACGCCUUCCGAAGUGGUGUGAAGAUGGAGUUUGACAGCCUGGUUUUCGAAGGCUUCGAGACCUGCUCCGACCCAUCGUUGCCGCCGGACGUGAGGGCCGUGCUGCCCUGCUGGGGCCGCGAAGGUCUCGAUGUCGUGGCCGCUUUGGGCGGCCAGAUGUUCCCUGUCCUGCAGGGCGACUUCACUUUUGUUGGAGACUUGCUGAUCAUCUUCGGGGAACUGGUUCUCCUCAAGUGCACGCAUGCGGUGCUGAUGCUCAGAGCCUAUCAUAGCUGCUGCAAUUGCCGGCGGGCAAAGGCCUAUGUGACAGCCAGGCGCAUAGAGAAGGAUGUGAUGAGUCCGGACACCCGGCGCCAUCGACGCGUUUGA